UACCUCAUUUGUACUUAGAAUUUCGUACCACAAUGUUUGCCAAAAUCAGUGUGACACUCGCUUUGCUCUACCUGGCGUCCUUCGCCGAAUCAAACGAUAUCAGACUAGGGCUCGUAACUCCUCAGUCAAGGAAGAUUUUCAGUGAGAUUAAGGAAGCAGACCCUGCUUUGUGGAAGAGAACUGAUGACGUGAUAGUCAACGCUCCAAACAAUGAAUUUAUUAGUGCUGUGUACGUAACAGACUUAAGGGAUGAUAAAGAUGGUGAGGCAUAUAUUGAAGCAGGAGGUAUUGGCACCAAGAGCGUCACUGUAGCCUUGAAGAGUCCAACUAUAUUGAGGGGAUAUAAGUUCUUGAUUGAAGUAUAUGGCAACGACCCUAACGCUAACUACUUCAGCAAAGGAAUCCAUUCUCAGCAUCACUACGACGACAGCCAAUACGCUAGAAAGUACUAAUAUGUGAUAUUCUUAUUUAUUAAAUAAAUUUUUGUAAUGUG